AUGUCUUCGAGUGAGAGUGGUAUGUCCAAGGACCCUGCGGUCCCCCACCCUGUUGCUAUUGCUAUCGCCUGCUUCCUGGCCAUUUCCAUGUACAACGUUGUUGAGCUCAUCUUCAUCAUCAUUGUUACGUUCAAGAAGCGUAAUAGCCUUUAUUUUUGGAGCUUUAUGGUCGCUACGGUGGGCAUAGCCAUCCACGCAAUCGGCUUCUUACUCCGGGACUUCCAAAUUACCAAGAGUCGUUUCCUCUAUGUCACAUUCAUGUCGCUUGGUUGGUAUGCUAUGGUGACAGGACAGUCUGUUGUGCUCUUUUCCCGGCUACACCUUGUCCUCUACAACCGAAACUGGCUUCGGGCUGUUCGGGUCUUGAUCAUUACCAAUGCCAUCGUCUGUCACAUCCCCACUACAGUUAUGACCUACGGCGCCUCCUCGAGCGACCCGGAGCCUUUCCUGGGAAUAUACUCCAUCUAUGAGAGAGUCCAAGUCACAAUCUUUUUCUUCCAAGAGGUCGUGAUUUCGGGGUUGUACGUCCAUGAAGCGAUGAAAUUUCUACAGAUCAGGGCCAUCAGGGGCGAGAAAACGAACCACAACAUGAUGAGGCAUCUUAUAAGCUCCAACAUUUUCGUCAUCAUGCUCGACGUCACUAUCCUCGCCCUGGAAUUUUCCAACCUUUACGACCUCCAGACAAGCUACAAGGGCGCCGCCUACAGCAUGAAGCUCAAGCUUGAGUUCAGCGUACUGAACCGCCUAGUCAAGGUGGUCCAACCUCCAAGGUCCACUUACUGCAACCACACAAACGACCUUGACGGGACGAUACAACUAGAGAGCGUGGACAGCCGCAACAAGAUCGGUCGGAGCAUCGCGGACAAGAUGCAGAGUGGGUACGAAGCCCAUGUCAAAGCUGGAGGAGCCAGAUACUUUGGCGAUUGCCCUGAUCUCGACGUUCCAAAGAAGUCUCUGCUCAGGACGACCGAAAUUUUUGUAACAGAGCACGGGAAGUCUAUACCAUGGCAGCGACCAACAAAUGGCGCAUAG